AUGCCAGAGGUAUCCACAGAAGAGCUCCCCAGCAGCCCCCGCUGUGAGAGCCAAGUGACCCAGGCUGCUGGGCCGCUGGCUCCCAGGAGCGGCAGGACAAUGGUCACAGGAGGCGGGGGCUACCUGGGAUACAAUCUGGGAUGUGCCCUUGUUAGCUCGGGAAUUGCUGUCGUGCUGUUUGACGUGCAGAAGCCUAAAUGGGAAAUCCCAAGCGGAGCGGAUUUUUUCAAGGGUGAUGUGAGGGAUUAUGAAGCAGUGUUCAAAGCUUGUGAAGGAGUGGACUGUGUUUUCCAUGUAGCUGCAUGCGGAAUGUCGGGAUCAGAACAACUUCAAAAGAAAGAUCAGAUUGAAUCCAUAAAUGUUGGUGGCACAAAAAUAAUAAUUGAUGUCUGCAAACAAAGAAAUAUCCCUAGACUGAUAUAUACCAGUACAGUGAAUGUGGUGUUUGGAGGGAAUCCUAUUGAAGAAGGAGAUGAAGAAACUGUACCAUAUUUUCCACUGGAAAAGCAAUUUAAUCAUUAUUCCAGAACCAAGGCCAUUGCAGACCAAAUGGUUCUUGCUGCUAAUGGAACUUUACUCAAAGGAGGGGACAAGCUCCACACGUGUGUGCUUCGCCCGCCGGGCAUCUACGGACCAGAAGAGCAGCGGCACCUGCCUCGAGUAGCCAUAAAUAUCCAGCGAAGACUUUUAAACUUCAAGUUUGGGAAUCACAAAGUCCAGAUGAACUGGGUUCACAUAGGAAAUCUAGUGCAAGCUCAUUUACUGGCUGCUGAGGCUCUCACCUCUGAGAAGGGCUACGUAGCUAGUGGUCAGGCUUAUUACAUCCACGAUGGUGAAAAUGUCAUCUUCUCUGAGUGGAUCGUGCCUUUGUUUGAAAAAUUAGGCUACAGGAAACCUUGGAUACAUAUUCCUGUUCUCCUGGUUCAUAUAGCAGCCACUGUGAUGGAAUAUCUGCACCUGAUACUAAAGCCAGUUUUUAGCUUUACACCUUUCUUGACAAGGAAUGAGGUGUGGAAUGUCACCGUAACUCACACUUUCCGAAUAGACAAGGCACGAAAUCAACUCGGUUACAAACCAAAGAAAUUCUCAUUCGCUGAUUCUGUGGAACAUUAUCUAAAAACACGACCUACCUGCCAAGAAGAUCACAGAUUCCUUAAAAUGGUGUUUGUUUUUGUCAGUUUGUUAAGUUUGAUCAUUCUUUCUUUCUUCUAA